AUGGAGACGCGGCGGAAAAUGGCGGCCGAGCCCCGCAGCCGGGGCCCGGUGCCGUACACUCGGCCGCCGCUCUCCGCCCUCGCCGCUGCGCUGCUUCUGUUGGGUUGUAGCCCGGCCCCCGCCACCGCCUCCUCCUCCAGUUGUCACCACCGCGUUCCCAGCGGCGGAGAGGUUGUCUACAAAGUUUAUCUUAAGGAAAAUCAUGUUCUCAAGAGAAAUGUUGAUCAAAACCUGAGAAUUAAGACUAUAUAUGACAGAAGUGUUGAAGAUUUGCUCCCUGAGAAACGACACCUUAUAAAGAACAAACUUUUCCCACAAGCUAUUUCUUAUUUGGAAAAGACUUUUCAAGUUCGCAAACCAACAGGUACUAUUUCACUAAGCAGGCAAUGCGCAACAAACCAGUAUUUAAGGAAGAAAGGUGACCCUCAUAGAUACUGCCAAGGAGCCUGUGCAGAACACACAAGAUGUGGCCCAGUUAUAGUUCCUGAGGAACACUUACAGCAAUGUAGGAUAUGUAGUGAAGACGAAUGGUAUUGUGGACCUGCUGGCUUACCAGACCAAGAAGGAGUUCGAGAUGCCGAUUUUGUACUUUAUGUCAGUGCUCUUACUACUGAAAGAUGUGGUCAGGAAAAUAUUAUUGCGUAUGCAGCCUACUGCCAACUGGAAGCAGAAAUGGACAGGCCAGUAGCAGGAUAUGCUAAUUUGUGUCCAAAUAUGAUUUCUACUCAAGCUCAGGAAUUUAUUGGCAUGCUGUCUACAGUGAAACAUGAAAUUAUUCAUGCACUGGGUUUCUCUGCUGGGCUGUUUGCAUUUUAUCACGAUGAUGAUGGAAAUCCUUUGACAGCAAGAUAUGCAGAUGGGCUCCCACCUUUUAAUGACAGUCUAGGUUUGUAUCAGUGGAGCAAUAAGGUUGUUGAUAAAGCAGUGAGGUUAUGGGAUAUACGAGGUAAUAAGAUGCUGCGCCAUGAUGUAUUUCUUCUUCUAACACCUCGAGUAGUUGAAGAAGCUCGGAAACACUUUGACUGUCCAAUUCUAGAGGGAAUGGAGCUUGAAAACCAAGGUGGCAUGGGUACUGAGCUCAAUCACUGGGAAAAGCGAUUGUUGGAGAAUGAGGCAAUGACUGGAUCCCACACACAGAACAGGGUCUUCUCCCGGAUUACCUUAGCGUUAAUGGAGGAUACAGGCUGGUAUAAAGCCAAUUACAGCAUGGCAGAGAAAUUAGACUGGGGACGUGAUAAAGGCUGUGACUUUGUGAUGAAAAGCUGUAAAUUUUGGAUUGACCAAAAGAAAGAGAAGAGGCAAUUGGUGAGUCCAUACUGUGACACUCUGAGGAGUAAUCCACUGCAGUUAACUUGUAGACAGGACCAAAAGGCAGUAGCAGUGUGCAAUUUACAGAAAUUCCCAAAGCAGUUACCUCAGGAGUAUCAGUACUUUGACAGUCUUAAUGGAGUACCAUCAGAAGAUUUGCCUUAUUAUGGUGGCUCAGUAGAAAUUGCUGACUAUUGCCCCUUUAGUCAAGAAUUUAGUUGGCAUUUAAGUGGUGAAUUUCAACGCAGCUCAGAUUGUAGAAUAAUGGAAAAUCAGCCAGAUCCUUUCAAAAACUAUGGUGCAGAGAAAUAUGGACCAAACUCUGUGUGUCUCAUUCAGAAAUCAGCAUUUGUCAUGGCACAGUGCAGAAAAAAGCUCAGUUACCCUGACUGGGGCAGUGGAUGUUAUCAGGUUUCUUGUUCUCCCAAAGGGCUGAACGUUUGGGUCAAGGACACCGCAUACUUGUGCAGCCGCUCGGGUCAAGUGUUAACUGUUAGCAUUCAGAUGAAUGGAUGGGUACAUGCUGGAAAUCUAAUUUGUCCAGCUUGUUGGGACUUUUGUGAUUCCUGUCCCCCUGAACGGGAUCCGCCAGCUUCUAACGUAACAAGGGCACUAUCAAUUGAUUUGUGCUCCUGUUCCUCCAGCCUGGUUGUAACUCUCUGGCUGUUGAUGGCUAACUUGAUCCCCUUGCUGACAGGAUUUCUUCUAUGUGUAUGGAGUUAA